UGCAAGUAAUCAGAGAGACCGCAAAGAAGGUCAUCGACACACCAACACAUAAGAGAACCCAAAUAAACUUCUCUUCACUAAACAGAAGUUACAGAACAGCCACGCAGCUUCUAAAUCCCUAAAUCACAGCGUCUGCUUCGAGGAAUCCCGGCGGAAUUCCCAAAUCAAGAGAAAUUUAGGGGGGGCAAAGUAAGUGGGAAGAGAGAAGGGGGGCUAUGGCCGUCGGGAGCCGUGAGGCUGGUGGCACACUCGACCAAUCCCCCUCCUGCGCGGCGGCGGCCGAGGAGGGGAAGCUGUCGGCGAGUUCACGGCGGCGAAAUCCGUCGCUAGAGGGAGGGGACUGAGCAGGUGGUCGAAUCAGGGGAGCUCUGCGAGAAAAUCAGGAAGAAGGUCAUACCGGCUCAAUCAGACGGCGAGCUCUCCGUCCUUCGCCGCCGCCGUCGUCGUCUCCGGCUGGCUGUCAUGUUGCAUACCAAAAUUGGAAAUAGCAGCCGGUCUCUUACAUCAUAUUUGCACCCCCUCGCCACGCCACGCCACGCGCGAGCGCCGCCGCCGCGACUGAUCACGGCUCGGCUAGCUCUCUCUAUCUCGCUGACUAAUUAAUCCUCUCUCCUUCUCCUGGUUAACUACAACUCUGACCAACUAACUCGCCCGCCAUGGCAGAACAACCACUAGGAGGAGGCGGCGGCGGCGGCGGCGAUGGCAACAACAAUGGGAAGUGGAAGGGGAAGGAGAAGGUGGUGCCCGAGUACGGCAAGAACCGGCACGGCAUGCCUGUCGGCUGCUACUUCGUCCCCAAGGACCUGGAGCUCUUCGCCAUCCUCAGGUGCAAGCUCGUCCGCAGCCAGCUCCCCGGCGCCCUCAACAACGUCUUCGAGCAUAUCAGGAUCCUCGAAUUCCACCCUGCCCUCCUCCAUGAGACGUACAUCGGGAAUGAGGAGGAUGGGUACAUCUACUUCUUUAGCAGGAGGCAGUUCACGACAAAGGCAAGGAACAAGAGGCGGCCGACACGGGUGGCGAAGGGCGGGACGUGGAAGGCGUCUGGUGGGAGCAAGACGUUGAGGAGCAAGAAGGUUGGCGGUAUCGACGUCGGCCAGAAGCUCACCAUGGUGUUCUACGAGCGUAGGUUCGAGGGUGACCAGAACCCCAUCAAGACCAAUUGGGGCAUGCACGAGUUUACCAAGAUCAUUGAUGGCUCAAAAAACCAACUUGAGGACCUUGCCGUGUACCGCUUGUACAAGAUCAAAAGGAAGGAGGACGAAGAACCGGUGAACGCUGCCGCCGCGGCGUCGAGCACGGACGAGCCCUCCACGUCGUCGGCACUGUCACCUCCUACGCCACCGCGGCCAUUGCCGGACAUGGCCGGACCAUCAUCAGCAACGCCGCUACUGCCACUGCAAUUGCCGGACAUGACCGGACCGUCGUCAUCAACGCCGCUACUGCCACUGCAAUUGCUGGGCUUGGCCGGAUCGUCGUCGGCGAUGUCGCUACCACUGCCACUGCAAUUGCCGGGCCUGGCCGGAUCGUCGUCUGCGAUGUCGCUGCCUGCACAGCAGAUGCCGGGCAUGGCCGGGUCGUCGUCGGCGAUGCCGCUGCCACUAUCAUUGCCGGGCCUGGCUGGAGGGAUGAUGUCCAUGGCGGACCAGGCGAACAUGGCCUCGACGUCGCAGGCGUCUACACCGUCGUCGGAGCUCCUGCAAGACUGGUACGACGAGUUCGAGAUCACGUACGGCGCCGUGGCGCCGCCGUCUCCUAGCACGAUCAGCUGGGAGGAGCCGCAGAGCUCGCCGACGGGGUGGUGGCCGUCACCGAACGGCGAGCCUGUGCAGCACGACGGCUACCUCGGGAUGGCGGCGAAUCCAACGUCGUACAUGCUGGAACACCCGUUGCCCACCGCGGCGAUCCCGCCGGAACCGAUGACGCCGCCGACGAGCUCACCGGCGCCACCACCAGCCGUCGACAACCACCACCGGCUCUCGCCUCCGCAUGACGCCGCCGGCAGCAACUACAACCACCCGGAGCUCGCCGGCUACAACGGCGGCGUCCAGGCGCAGCACGAGCAUCAGCAUCAACCGCAGGAGCCGCAGCCAGCGUUGCUUGUGGAUGGCGAGGACGGCUACGGCGCCAUAGCCGACGGCGACGGCGACACACAGCUGGGCGUCGCGGAGCUUGACACCGAACGAAUAGCCGAAAUGGUAAACCAUAUCAUGGAUGGCGAAUUCGAGUUCAAAUUCGAGGACAACACCGUCCUUAAGUACAACGAAGUCUUUCCGGACGACGACAAGGUGGUGGCGGCGCCGAUGAUGAUCGACGGCGGUGGAGACGGCGAUGGCGCGGAUGGAGGUGAUGGAGGCGACCCAUUCGAUAAUUAGGGCCCUGUUUCAAAAACCGCUGGAAUUUCCAUUUUCCCUGGCUAUAAAUUAUUUAUCUACAAAUUUUACUCCAUUUUUGUAAGUUAAUGUUCAUAUUUA